UGAUAGUUCUGUGGUUUUGUGAAAUUAGUUAUGUAUUUUUAAUGGUAUUUCUGAUUGUUGUCAAAUGUGAAAAUUUUCAUGUCUUUAUAAAAAUAUAUUAAACUCACUAAUAUUGAACAUGAUUUUAAAAAUCUUUAAUAAUAAUACAUCUAAAAUAAUAUAAAAAUAAUAAUGGAAAGAGCCAGACUGUUCCCACAAUAUAAACCGGCAUUGAUAGUUUGUUUGGGAGGAUAUGCUUAUGGUACCGCAUUAGCAUGGACAUCUAACAUAACAGACGGACUUGAAAAUGGAGUACUAAAUGGAAUGAUCAUGAACUAUGCUCAGUUGAGUUGGGCUGCAUCCGCUUUUGCAUUCGGAGCUAUGUUUUCUUCUUUGGGUAUUGGAUUUGGAGCAGAUGCUAAAGGAAGGAAGUUUGCUUUAUUAUUAACCGUAAUUCCGUUUACAGUUGGUUGGAUAUUAAUUUUGUUAUCAUCAAAUAUUUACAUGAUUUGUCUUGGAAGAUUUCUAACUGGAUUGGGUGGUGGAGGAAUAAAUGUUGUUGCACCAAUGUACACCACAGAAAUUGCACAAACUCAUUUACGAGGCAGCUUCAGUAUAAUGGUACAAUUAUUUGUUAGUUUGGGUGUUUUACAUAGCAUGGUCCUUGGAUGGGCUCUUCCAAUUUUUUAUUUUAACGUAGCAUGUAUGACUUUUCCUGUUGUAUUUGGCCUAUGUUUUUGGUUUCAACCCGAAACUCCAUAUUACUACUUAAAAAAAGGAAAAAAGGAAGAAGCUGAAAAUAGUUUUAAACGGUUAAGAGGAAAAGAGUAUGAUUUUAGUGUAGAACUGAAAUACUUUAAUCUAGAAAUUGAAGAACUAAAGUCUGGACAGAAUUCUACAAAAUUCAUGAAGGUGUUAAAAACAAAAUCACAAAUAAAAGCUACUAUUAUAUGUUUUAUGUUAAUGUUCUUCCAACAAUUUAGUGGAAUAGCUCCUGUACUCUUCUAUACAAAAGAUAUAUUUAUAAAUUCAAGUACCCCUGUUCCGCCUUAUCUUGGUGUUAUAAUAACAGGUGUGGUAGGACUUUUGGGUACAGCUUCAUCGGUUUGGUUAAUUGAUAGAAUAGGGAGAAUAUUACUUCUUAACAUAUCAGCUGCUUUAUGCGCAGUGGGUGCAUUCCUGCUUGGUUUAUUUUUUACCUUCAAAAUAAAACUAGACGAAGAUGACGUACGUAAAGUAUCUUACUUUUUACCUAUACUAGCUACAGUAAUAUUUUUGUUUGGUUUCAAUCUGGGCUUAGGACCAAUUCCAUGGCUUACAUGUUCUGAACUUCUAUCAGUAUUGAUCAGAGCCAAACUCAGUUCAAUUAUAGGAGCGUUUCACUGGUUGCUAAUAUUCCUUAUAACUAAAUUUUAUUUGGACGCCUCUGAGAUACACGGGAUUGACAAUACUUUCUACAUAUUUAUGUCUAUAUCUUUUGGGUGCAUUCUUUUUGUUAGCAUAAUUAUUCCAGAGGCUAGUCACAGAACAUAUGUAGAAGUUUUACCAUACUUAGAAAAUUUCUUUUUGCAAUAAAUAAAAUGUUAUUUUAAUAGAAUUUGUAAUGCUCACUUAGAUUUUUUGUAUAUUAUAUUUUUCGAACUUCUCAGUUUAUUUACAACCUGAAUAAAUAAGUGUUCUUAUGAUAAAAAAAGCGUCUUAAAUAAAAUGGUCCUGUAACCAUUUCCUAUUAUUUUAUAUAAUAAAAAAAAUAUUCUUCUGAACAAGGGCAUAUCAUUUUUAAAAUCUUGUACGUAGGUCAAUUGGUACAUGACGCAUGUCAGAAGAACUAAUUAGUAGCACAUAUAUAAAUAAGUUCAGUUCAGUAACAAACCAAAUGUUUCAGAAGCGCCCCUUAUUGAAAUUUAUUUAGGCUGUAUUGGAUUGAAACAAUGGUCUCCAAACUACGGCCCGCGGGCCAAAUACGGCCCGCCAGUGUCAUCAAUCCGGCCCCACGACAUCUAACAAAUAAUUGUACUAAAUCCCUCUAAAAUUAUAAACUAGUAAACAUCUCGCGGUUUCACCCUCGGUAGUUAUUUAGGGAUAAACAGUGUCGUAUAUGUAUAUCGAUGUUUGGAAUGUAUAUAUCCUGAAUCACACAUAUGAUUUUUAUCCUGAAAAUCCCUCAGGCUGAAUUAACGCGAAUGAAACCGCGGAGUGUCUACUUGUAAAAAUAGUUUGUAGUUGUGGGCCAAUUUUACUUGUACUAAUUAUUAAAAGAAAUUUAAGAUACUCAUCGGUUAACUUAGAUCUGUAAACAUUCUUUGUGUUAUUAAUUUUGGAGAAUGUUUUGUCACACAAGUAAGUAGUACUAAAAACACAGAACAGACCACGAGCAAAUUUAUGCCAAUUUUCCAAUUGUAUCAGUGGAAGAUGAGUUUUGGUGUUUCUUCUUAAUUACAUCACUGCUGUAAGUCAAUAAUUUCCAUUUGAAAUUGCGGGACUAGGGUUUUAAUGUUAGUAUCAAAU